GAGCUGCAGUCUUACGAAGCUUUCAAGGCGUUUGAUCGGUAGCGCAAGGAGCACAGACCCUUCCAGAAUAUUCCGUCGCAACAAAGCAGCGUCACGUGAUCACACGGGAGGGGGGUUCGUUUUCUGCGCGUUUGCUCGGUUUGACCUAUUUCGUUUGUGAAAACGCUCUAGACCCUCCGCUGGACCGAGACCGUCUGAGAGGGACGGGAAGAAUAAGCGGGCGAUUUCGAGGCAUUUGUUUCCAGAAGCAGGCGUCAUCUGUGCCCUCACGCUGGGGAAGGAAAAACGGACGCGUCUUAACCCCUCCUGCCCUUUACAUUCUCUAACCUCUCAAGUCCUCCGGAGGAUCCGUCAGCGGGCUUCAGUCAUGCACCUGAAAACCAUGAAGUGUAACCCUUUCUGCCUUAUUGCUUCCUUGGAGGAUCCGGAUAUGUUUAACAGACCAGAGCAGAGGGCAAGUUUUGAGGAUCUGUUCCGUGCCUUUGACCGAAAUGUCACCUUUCAGUUCUUUAAGAGUUUUCGCCGGGUGAGAAUUAAUUUCACCAACGCUCUGGCUGCUGCAGAGGCAAGAGCAAAACUGCACAAAAGUGACUUCAACGGCAGGGAAGUGCGCCUCUAUUUUGCCCAGUCUGUGCACAUUGGCAGUCCUCACCUGGAACCCCCUAAACCAGAUAAGCAGUUCCUCUUGUCGCCUCCUCCGUCGCCUCCUGUUGGUUGGGAGCAGUCAAAGGAUGCCACACCUGUCAUAAACUAUGACCUUCUGUGUGCCAUUGCUAGACUUGGGCCAGGUGAAAAGUAUGAACUCCAACCAGGAACUCCCACCACUCCCAGCGUGGUUGUUCAUGUUUGUGAAAACGAUCAAGAAAGCUCAGGAAAUGAGGAGGAAAUGGAUGGAGGCAGACGUCCACGUCCAAAAAUCAUCCAGACCCGUCGACCAGAAUACAGUCCCUCUGUCAUGCAGUGAGCUUAAGGAAGCUCUCAUUGUGCCAUAAUAUUUGCUUUACUAUCACAGGACCCUCUGGUGGAUCUGCCGUGGCAUGCAGUUGGUACUCCAGACCACUAGAGGACGCCUUAAGACAGAACCUCAGCCCUGUGAAAAGCGACAUAAUGUAUAUGUCCACCAUCUCACAGGGCAAAGUGGUUCAUUGCAUGCAUUCGAUGGUAGAGUGACUCAUUUUUCUGCAGGCUGGGGGUUUUCAAGAGUGCUUUCAUUGGUAACUGUGGCCCGUGGAGAACACGAGUGUCUUAUUGUGUUGUGUUUUUGUAUUUUGGGAAGCAUGUUGAAUCCCAGUCAGUGGGUGUGAUUUUAUUAUGAUUACUUUCUUUUAUAGUUUAGCUUGAUAUUUUCAGGCUCCUAUUUAAUGAAUACUUGUGCGAAAUUACUGGAACUUGAACUAGAGUAAAUGCUGACUAUGAAGUAAACAUUUUUGGCAAAUUUCGGGGGUUAUUUUUCCCAUUUAUAUUGCCAUUGUAAGUCUUGUUCCACCAUGUGCCUCAGCAUGUUUCUAAAUUAUGAAUCACAAUUAAUGCUCUCGUAUACAUUUUUUUUUCUCUCUAUCUUUCUAUAUAUACAUGUACAUGUGUAUGUGAGAGAGACAGAGCGAGCUUAGGAUUCAGUUAUAAGAGUCUAUUGUUUUAACGUUUUUAAUAAAAUCGUCUUUUUAAAAAAAAAAAAAAAAGACUCAAAAUGGCCCAAAGUAGUUCUUUAUCCAUUAGGAUGUACUGAAAGGCAUGGUCCUCAAGUUCAUGCACUUGAGUCAAUUGUAGGACCAUAACACUGUAAUUAGUUUUGAUGGAAGACUGUUACACUCUCUUUAAUAGGACGAACACCAAUUGAUUUUAUUACAUUGAGCUUAAUAAUGUAUUUCUGAUGCCUUUUACUGUUUAUGUCUGUAUAUAAUGGUAUAUAUGAUGUUUUUUACUUGGUUUUGAAAAUGUCACUGACUUGGCAAUGGCUUGGGUGUUUGUCCUGUCAUACAUAAAUAACAGCCAUAACAUGUCAUUAAAACUUUUUUUUUUUUCUUCAAA